GUGAGCUUCUGUCUCUGAGCAGCCAACCGACCGACAACAUCCUGGAGCAUGGACAACACCGACAACCUGUUCCACCCCAGUCUGGAAGCCGCUGUCAUGAAGUUGGAUCCAGAGGAUGGCGAGCAGAUCAUGGAGUACUUUAAAACCCAUGCUCUGCUGACCAGAGAGAAAGCUCUCCUGCAGGCAUCGGUCAGAGAGCAGAAAAAGCUGCUGGUGGAAAAUGCCAAACUGAAGAAGGAUAUUGAACAGCUGAAAACGCAGCUGCAGGAAAAACAGAGGAGACGUGCCGCCAAAAGUUUGCUCUCUACGGCUCCGCCUCCUCAGACCCCUAACCUGACCUCCACCAUGGCUGCCAAUCAACCAUCUUCACCUGCUGGUGCAACAGCUGCUUUUCCAGUCAAUCCUCUUCCUUCUUCCUCCUCCUCCUCACAUGAGCGGAGAGACAAACACAGUAGGAGGAGGAAAGCAGAGAGGAAAGCUCGUUCAACCUCAGACCUUCUUUCCCUGGGGGUGGAGUCACAGGUUGACGUGUCACGACUUGACCUGAGGGUGGGACGAAUCCUUAGCGUCCGCCUCCACCCGCUGGCUGAAGCCAUGAUUGUGCAGGAGGUGGACGUGGGAGAAAACGGUCCCCGGACGGUGGUUAGCAAGGUGGGACAGGAAAUAAUUCCUGAGGAGCUUCAGGGCUCUUUAGCUGUGUUGCUAUGCAACGUCAAGGCCUGUAAGCUGAAGGGCGUGGUCUCCCAGGCCCGCCUCCUCUGCUGCUGCACCUCUGAUGACUGUGUUGAACUGUUAGUUCCGCCCACAGGCUCCACCCCAGGAGACAGGGUCACUUUUCUCAACUACCCUGGUGAGCCAGACAGGGAGCUGCAGUCCAAGGAGAAGGUUUGGGAGCUUCUCCAGCCGGACCUGCAGGUUGAUGGCAGGGGCGUGGCUAAUUACAAAGGAUGUAGCUUUGAGGUGAAGGGCAAGGGGCUGUGCCGGGCCCCCUCCCUCACUAACUGCAUCAUCAGAUAGAAAUUUGUGUACUUGAGAAAAAUCUUGUGCAGCGCUGCGGUACAUGCUUACUGUGAUCAGG